GAAUUGAUUUGACGCAGUGAAAAAAAACUGACCAACAAAAACAACAACAACAACAGAAAAAAAUGUAUUCGAAAAUAUUGUUUUUAAAUUUUUUGGCUGCAUCUUUGAUGAUAAUGGCUAUUUAUUGUGAUGAUCAAGGGUUUAAACCAUUACAAGAAAUAUCACCAAAGGAUAGACAAUUUGUAAAAGUAUUUCAAAAAAUGAUACCGCAAAUGGUUGAACGAAUGAAUUCAACUAAGCUUUAUCGUAUAAUAGCAUUUCAACAUGUUUAUACAUUCCAAAUGGUUGGUGUUAUAUAUGAUGCUAUUUUUGUGAUGGGUGAAACUAAAUGUGAAAAAUCACAAAUGAAACGUUAUAAUUAUUGUAAAUAUAAUGACAAACAAGCACAAUGUGGUUGUGAAAUUUGGGUUGAUCCAUCUGGACGUGAAGAUCAUAAAUUGAAUAAGUUUCUAUGUGAACCUUUGUGAACCAUACAAUUUUAUUUUUUUUU